CCGCAUGUCCGCGCGCUCGCCUCGCCGCGGGCCGCGAGCGGAGCCAGCGAGCGCGGCUUUGUCCCGAGAAAUGGGCUGCGUGUUUUCCUUUCUGACUCCUUCUUCAUUUCCAAGAGAGACUUGUACGGACUUCUGAGACGAUUUUUUAACGCUCGGUCGAGGAUACAGUGCAUAUACCGCCUGCCAGCGAGCCCUUGCAGGGUUUUGUGGGAGUUUGAGUUUUGUGUGUUUGUGUUCCCUUUCCCCCCUGACUUUUGCAUACUUUGUUUUGAUCAUCCGAGGCUGGGCCUCUGCCUUUGUGAAGUUGAAGAGAAGAGCCAGGCGCUACUCAGCAGCGACGGAUUUUUGAAAUUUACUGUUUUGGGGCAAAAGCAAAGAGCUGGUUUUCUUUGCUAGCCCGAUAAAUGCUAUUUAUGAAGAUGGACCUGUUGAACUACCAGUACUUGGACAAGAUGAACAACAAUAUCGGCAUUCUGUGCUACGAAGGUGAAGCUGCUCUUAGGGGAGAACCCAGAAUGCAGACGCUCCCGGUGGCCUCUGCCCUCAGCGGUCACCGCACCGGCCCUCCCCCCAUCAGCCCCAGCAAGAGAAAGUUCAGCAUGGAGCCAGGUGACGAGGACCUAGACUGUGACAAUGACCACGUCUCCAAGAUGAGUCGCAUCUUCAACCCCCAUCUGAACAAGACUGCUAAUGGAGACUGCCGAAAAGACCCCCGGGAGCGGAGCCGCAGCCCCAUCGACCGUGCCGUGGCCCCCACCAUGAGCCUGCACAGCAGCCACCUGUACACGUCCCUGCCCAGCCUCAGCAUGGAGCAGCCCCUCGCACUGACCAAGAACAGCCUGGACGCCGGCAGGCAGGCUGGCCUCUCGCCCACACUGACCCCAGGGGAGCGGCAACAGAACCGGCCCUCGGUGAUCACGUGCGCCUCGGCCGGCGCCCGCAACUGCAACCUGUCGCACUGCCCCAUCGCGCACAGCGGCUGCGCGGCGCCCGGGCCCGCCAGCUACCGGAGGCCCCCGAGCGCCACCGCCACCUGUGACCCCGUGGUGGAGGAGCAUUUCCGCAGGAGCCUGGGCAAGAACUACAAGGAACCCGAGCCAGCACCCAACUCUGUGUCCAUCACGGGCUCCGUGGACGACCACUUUGCCAAAGCUCUGGGUGACACGUGGCUUCAGAUCAAAGCGGCCAAGGACGGAGCAUCCAGCAGCCCCGAGUCAGCCUCGCGCAGGGGCCAGCCCGCCAGCCCCUCUGCCCACAUGGUCAGCCACAGCCACUCCCCCUCCGUGGUCUCCUGAAGGAGCCCUCCAGCAGCACGGGGUCUGCAUGGUUUGCCUGCGCUUCGAACAGUCCGCUUCAAACCAGAAAAAAAUCAUGGGGGUGGGGCGGGGGGAAGGGAUGGUUUAUUCGCAAAAACCAUGUUGUUGGGGUUUUUGUUCUGUUCUGUUUUUGUACUUGCUUGGUAUUCGUACAAGGGGGCCCUCAAACAUGACAGCAGGAACUACGUGUGGAACAUCUGUCUAAUGUAGCAUCCUUACUUCCUGCCUCAGUUACCAAAGAAACCUCUGAUGCAGGUCUGCCGCCCCAACGGGGCCAGGACUCCACGGCGCGCUUUCUCAGCCACAAGCCAUGACGACAUUGGUGACCCAGACGCUUUGUGCUUUUCAUUUGCUUCUUGAGACCGGGGUGUGUGUGGCUCAGCUUCCAUGGCGUGUUUGGUUCAGUCGUGUGUGCGUGUGUAUACUUGAAGAGAACUGUCGUGUCUGAUUUGCACUAUAGGAGGAGGACUAGAGUUGCCUGACAACUUUAAGUGUGAUGCUAGUACUCUGAGGGCAAACUGCUGAAAAACAAAGGGUUUAAGGAUGACAUUUCUGACCAUUUGUGUUUUGUUGUUCUUGUUGUUUUUAAAUUUAGACAAAACAGCUUUGGAAGGGGAAGUCUCAUACAGGUUAUAGGUCUUUCUCUAGAUUUCAGGUGCUUGCAACUGGACUGCAGACUCUACCGAUCACGGGCAUUUUACCUUCUCUGAACACUGCAGUUUGUUAGACUAGAGCUGAGGUUGGAGGAUUCCAUAGUGCUUUAAACAUGAUGCAUGUUUUAAUGGAGAAAAAUAGCUGGUUUCUAUUAAUUGUAUAGACAGUAAACAAAAACCUUAAUACUUACUAUCUUCUUUUCAGAAUUAGUUUAUUUUUGUCAGUUACAGUCCUAGAUAUACUUACUGCUGGUACAGUUGUACUCUAAGAUUUGUAUUUGAUACUCACUUUACUCACAAGUAGUGCCGGGACAGCCAGCCCCCGGCAGGCCCUCGCGGGGAGCGGGGAGCAGUCAGCCGCCUCAGCGCGGCAGCAACUCCCGCGGCUGACGGCGUUUAUUUUUUGUGGCCCUGUCUGCUUCAUACAGGCUCCCGGGGGAGGUGGGGUUUGUGUCUUCCAACUUCCCUCGAUGCAGAAACUGCUCCUUUGAACUCUCUUAGCUGAACAGCAGAUUCCUGACAAUCUGUGAUAUGGUAUUUUGUAUGCUUCCUCGUACGCUGGGGCCAAGGCAGUAUACAUUCCUAUGACUUUAUACAGUUAUUACUGCAUUUAUCGUUUGCUAUGUUAAUAGCUACUAAUUAGAAAUUAGGUGGAGCAGCGACAUGACAGGCUCAGUCCACAGCUGCCGUCUCUGUCCAUGAGUGUUUCUGUUCCCUGCCCCUCCAGCGUGUGCACACAGCCUGGCCCACCAGAGGGCUUGCCACGAGGCACCUGACCAGGUGACGUGGGCGUGGCCACCUCCCAUGGGAGGUCUGAUGGGCCCUCGCAGACCACGGGAGCCCUCGGGGCUGGUUUCAGUGUGAGAAAAGUCCAGUGUAGCUGUUGAAUUUUGGAAAUUGGCACCGAGCGGAAAGGUCGGAGGAUUGCAGGCCUUUCAAAAAGUGGAAGAAAAGCCCUUUUCCUCUUGCCCCUGCACACAUUUCACUCCCAUGUUACUGGGCUUCCAAGCUUUGGCAUUCAGGCCCCUAUAUUUUCUGUAGGAAAAAUCGUUGAGAACACUUUUUUUAUAUAGGUAACUUUAAGACCAUCAUUACGCUGUGCGUAAAGAAUGUACAGAGAAAUUUGUAGGUAUUUUUUGAAGAACAAUUAAUUUGUUAAUGAUAUGUAGCUAUUUAAUUUCCCCCUUCCUAUUGUAAUCAUUCAUAUUUUUUUGUUGUUUGGAAAAAAAGUUGAUCUUUUUUUUGUCGUAGAUUUGUCUGUAAAAGUGCAGGAACACAGUUAUUCUAUGAGAACACUGCAUCUGCAUUAAUAGCCACUAGUUUGUUAUUGCUACAGGCUACUGAGCGUCCUAACAGGAAAACAACCCGCUGCUGACCAGCUGGGAGGAGAGCGCUCCCGGGACGUUCUCGCGUCAGUGAGCGAGGUCGUCGCGCUGGGAGGGUCGGCGGUGCUGGGCAGGGCCCUUGGUGCACUGACCUAUCUGGGAUAGGCAGGACCCUGGAGGGGCCUCGGGCAGAGGGGGCAGCAGAAAACCAAACCUGUCACUGAGAAAGAGCACCCUCCCUGCGCUAGAAGGGGCUCCGUGACAUUCUUCCCAGAGCCGAGCCGUCUGCAGCGCGUUCCGACCCUUCUCUCCAUGUUUGUAAAUCUGUAAUAUACCAGUCUCUGUGGCCUGUUUUUCCUGGAAGAAGAAAAAAAAGGUUUGGCAGGCCAUCUUUUUUUUGUACUUAAAAGUAGCCUUAAGAACAAUAAUAAAGUGCUCUUAAACCA